AUGCUCGCUAUCCUCUGGUACAAGCCCACACAGGAUGGGCAACAUCGCUGUCUAUCCUUUGCAGUGGUCACGUCGUUUGACCUCUUCGACGCUCUGCUCUUCCUCUUCCAGCGACAAAUAAUUCGUUGGCGUGGCGCUCUCUUACCGGAUAUAGAGCAAGGACAUGUUGGUCUAAGCAACAAUAAUGGCGCAUUAACGACACCAUCGGGCGAGGGAGAUGAACAGACGACACCCGGCACGGACAAAUCGCCGAGUGAGUUACGCCGUCUUCAGAUUUUGAAGGAGCUAGGCUACAAUUACAGCGCUCUCAGUCUUGCCAGAAGUUCUGCAACAUCAAUUGAGACAAACCCUCAGAGUGUUAUGGAGAUAAUGCGCUCGAGCGGAAUAAGUCAGAUGUCUGGCAGUCGCAUUGGCAUGCAACGGCCCAAAAGUCUGGCAUCGAGUUAUAGAACGGCCCAGCUUGGGGACGAAUGCAUGGGCCGAGCAGAAGAGGGAGAGGGCAGAUUUGCCAUUAACGAAAGCAUGUAUGCUGGCUCUGAGAUGGAAGAGCCCCGAUCGCAGACUCCCAUUACCGUCAUCAACACCAACCUUCAUCAAAAUAUACGCACUGACAUGUAUCUUAAUUCCGAUAUACGCCUCUCCGGUAUACACCCAGCUUUGAGGACUGAAUCUGACACUACCUUUAUAUUACCAACAUUGGAUAGCUCGAUUCUGUUAGAAUGCCGAAUUCAGGAGCAAUCGUAG